GUUCCUAAAUAGUAAUUACAUGACAAAAUAUCUUUGAUUCAUUUAUUCAGCCUCUCCCACCCUGUAGCUACUCUACAUUUUAGAAAAUGAGUUGUAGUCUCUCAAAUAUCACGCCUAUAUAUAACCCUAAAGUUUCUUCCAUUUGUACACUUAAACUAAACAAACACCCUCUUUUUCUCUCUCUCAAUGUUGAUGAUGUUGAUCAUGAAGAGCAAGUCUCUCAGAGAAUGCUAUGGUAGGUGCAGAAAAGCUGGUGCUAGAGUACUAAAGUAUGUAUCUUGGGAUCAUGUUUUCAAUAGAGAUAUUAAGUGGUUCUGUUUGCAUUCUGAAGAGGACAACUGUAGUAUCCCCAAAGAUGUCCCGAAAGGUCACCUAGUGGUUUAUGUUGGUGAAGAGUGCAGGAGAUUUGUGAUCAAGGUUACCUUACUCAACCACCCUUUGUUCCGGGCAUUGCUUGCUCAGGCUGAGGAAGUGUUUCAGUUUGCCACCAACUCAUCAAAACUCUGCAUUCCUUGCAGCGAGUACAUGUUCCUCAGUGUUCUUCAGUGCAUUAGCUCUGAAGUGCUAGAUCGAAGGUGUUCGUUUUCUAUGAGGCGCUUGUUCUUCAGAGGCAUAUAAGAUAUGAGAGAAGAUCUGCAUCCAGCUAAAUCUGUAUUUUGCUUGUACAUUGUGUAACAGAGCCAUCAAUUGUGUUGCUCAUAAGUUAAGCUAGUUCAUCUGAUGAUCUGAUCUCUCUCAAGAAUCGAUCUAGAUAAGUUGUUUUAACUUUUAAGUGCUCGAAACUGUAGCUUAUUACUUAGCAGGUAUAAUAAGUAUGAAGACUAUCAAGCUCAGAUAUUUAACCUGUUCAAAGGUAAUCAAGUAAGAACUGAUUAUAGAAUUAAUGUGAAGAGAAGAGGCAAUUGCUCAAUUUGAUGCAGGAAAGAACUUCUAGUUUCUAAACUAGAAUAUAACUUCUAUAAAGGAAAGAGUCGCAAAGCAGACCAACCAUCUGUGAAAAGCACAAUCAACCCCUCUACGUAAGGCAUAACUAGUCCAUCCUAUGGUCAUAAAUUUGAAGCUUCCUUUGGUCCUAGACUAUCCAGUUCUGAUAAGACUAAUUUCUCAAAAUGAACUCCACCAUAUAUAGCAUAUAUAAUCUACUGCUUUAUUUAUAUGCUAUAGGCUAUGUGCUCCCACCGUGCUAGUUCUAACAUCGUUAUACUGUCCUGUA